AUGGCCGACGACGACGCGCCGCCAGCGGCCGAGAUGGAGCCUGAUAUCGUCGAGCGCCUCAUUGGCGACGGCUCGAACGCCGUGCGGAGGACUCGCAGCAGCCAGAGGUCCACGGUGUCCCGCAAUUACACCGAGGACGACUACGACGGCCUUUCGGAGGAAGAUAACAGCGACGAUGAGGAGUACGACGCCGACGAUGUCGACGAGGACGACAACAUCGACGAUAGCGAGCAAGACUUCGAGUACAUUGACGAGCGGCCGCACUCGAUCGUGACGCAGACGGACCAAAGUGACAUCGACGUGGACGACACGUACAGGCGCCCGAUGGACUCCCGGAGGUUCACCGAAUCCACCACCGAGUCCUUUCAGACUAACAUUGGCACGUUGGGAAACGCCGAGCAUCUGCUGCAAGACGCCCACAACCUGUACUAUAGCCACAUGCCCAGGGUGCUGGGUACUAACUUCAGGUUCCAGGUCGGGGAGGUCGCGUAUGCGAAAUGGCACGGCGAGCUGAACGUCGUCGUGAUUCACUUCGUGUCCCAGAAGCUCAUUACGGUGAUUGACGAGGCUGAGCCGAGCGUGCCCGAUCCAAGCGCGCCUGAGCCAACAGCCGAACCCACCGCCAAUGCGGGCGCCAAGCGCAGAGGCAGGGCGAACAAGAGCCGCAGAUCAGCUGGCGACGACGCUAUGGCGUUCGACAAAUUCGGGAGCAGCGACGACACCGAUAUCACUGACGACGGCGACUACGAAUACGAGCCCGAAUCGUCGGUCGAAAAUGAGGUCACCUCUUCAAGCCGUGCUGGCACGGAUGCCGGCGCGAAGCAAGCUGCACAUGCACCGGCGUACAGAUUUGAGGAAGAGGUGGACAACAACCUGCCGCUGUUCAACGACCCGUCGUCGACGAGACUCUACGCUGAGGUGAACGAGAUGCAGGCGCUGCCGCUGCGCAUUGACAAAGACGCGCCGGCAGACGUGUUGGAGUACGGCGAGGACGCGGACCGGCUCGAGGAAGAAAUGUCCCGGCCCACGAGGACGCUCAAGAGAUACUUCAUCCCCAUGUACUUCGUGUCGUUCCCGGGUUACAAGAAGAAGUGCGCCAAAACGUUCAGGUUCUGGGUGAAGGAGAAGGACCUGAUCAAGUUCAACACCGUCAAGCCCGCCCCGGGCAAGCACGCGAAGGUGCUGGCUGUGGAGCGCUGGGAGAGCACGGAGGAGCCUGACGAGACGUGGGAGGAGCGCGAUGUGCAGGAUAUUAACGAGUACGUGUACGAGGUCGUUUACAACGUGUACAACAACAACAAGAUGAAUUCCAAGUUCAAAGCCCCGGAGCACCUGCCGUGGUGCCUACCGGUGUCGCUCCAACGGUUGGUGAAGAGCGAGCACGCGCGGAUACUCCAGGCCCAGAAGAAAAACCUGAACUUCUACUCCAUCGAAAUCGCAGACGCGUUCUCCGUUGCGCCCCUGACCGAGCGGCUAUCAGCCUAUGCCAUCGUGCAAAACUUCAAGUACAUCCUGAUCCUGAUGAACACGCUCGUGAGCAAGCACGGCGGGAGGAAGACGAACUCUAAGACCAAGGCCGACCUGGCCAACGCGAUACGCUCCUCCGUUGAGAACGACGUCGUGGACGAGGUCGACGUGCCGUCGCUGCGGUUCAUGGAGCAGCUGGAGACGAGCAUCGGCAGCGAGCUCAACGCGCAGCAGUUCCACGAAAUCUACGUGAACAACAUCUACUGGCUGGACAUCUACCUGGACUACAUGGACAAGCUGUACCUCCACACCCACUGCUACACCGAGAAGGAGCACGAGUUUCUCUACAUGACAACGCACUCGGAGGACCGGUCGCUGUCGCGCAUCCUGGGCCUGGAGCACCUCGUGCGCAUGUUCUGCUACCCCGUGCUGUACAACGAGUUGCUUAAACGCGUGACUGCGGACGGCGAGCCGCUGCAGGUGUACAUGCCGAUAACCCAGCUGCUGCUGCACUACCUGGCCUUCGUCGCGACGGACUACACGCACAGCCAAAAAUACAUGCCGUCACACCUGGAAGGCGGCCUGUUCAAAAUCAGCCACCUCAAGGCCAGCUAA